AUGACUGGAAGCAUUCCAUCAUGCCACAAUUUGAGAGUAAUGGACAUCAGUUACAAUCACCUCUCUGGUAAGAUUCCGAAUUGGAUCAGGAAUAUGUCUUCUCUUCAAAUUUUGGAUCUUUCACAGAACAACAUUUCUGGAAGUUUACCAUCCAAUUUCUGUCCAAGAGAUUUAACAGAAGUCCAUUUGUCUAAAAAUAUGCUGCAAGGAUUGUUAAAGGAUUCAUUCUAUAAUUGCCCUUCAUUGGUGGUGUUAGAUCUUAGCCAUAAUAAUUUGAUAGGAAGGAUACCAAAAUGGAUUGGAGAGAUUCCAUUGGGCUAUAUUCUCUUGAGUCAUAAUCAUUUUGAAGGUGAAAUCCCAAUUCAGCUAUGCAAGUUGGAUAAGUUAAGCUUGAUUGAUCUUUCUUAUAACAAUCUUUCUGGUCAUAUUCCUCAUUGCCUAAGAUGCAGCAGUAAUUAUUGGUAUAGGCAACAAGAAGCUUUACUCGAUCCUCCUACCACUGCUUUAGCUCCAAGUGUUGCUUAUUCUCCUGACGUACAACCCGAACAGCCAGUAGAGUUUACAACCAAGAACUCUUCUUAUUUUUACCAACCAAGCAUCCUUCACUAUUUCUCUGGAAUUGAUCUCUCUUGUAACAAUUUGACUGGUGAGAUUCCUCCUGAAUUAGGAAAGCUCGACAUGAUCAAGGUAUUAAAUCUUUCCCACAACAAGUUGAUUGGAGCAAUCCCACCCACAUUUUCAAACCUAAGGCAAAUUGAGAGCUUGGAUCUUUCUUAUAACAAUUUGCAAGGGAAAAUUCCUUCUCAACUUACUCAGCUAUAUUCUCUAGCUGUAUUCAAUGUAGCACACAACAAUCUAUCUGGCAAAACACCUGAGAGGGUUGCACAAUUUGCAACAUUUGACCAGAGUAGCUACGAGGGAAAUCCUUUGUUGUGUGGACUGCCACUGCCGAAGAGUUGCAACAACACAUCUCCAUCACCACCAGUAACUCCAACAGAAGAAAAAGAAGAUAACGGCUUCAUGGAUAUGGGUGUUUUCUAUGUGAGCUUUGUGGUGUCGUACAUCAUGGUGUUGCUAGCAAUAGCAGCAGUUCUAUACAUAAACCCAUACUGGCGACGAAGAUGGUUUUACUUCAUAGAAACGAGCCUUACCAAUUGCUAUUAUUUUCUGGUGGACAAUAUUCCUCUACUGUCCAAAUUGGGAGUAUCAUAG